GUGCUAUGCAAGCUGCUCUGCUCAGGGGAGAAGGAGGUGGAUCUGGCUGUGCAGAGUGCAAAGGCUGCCUUUCAAAUAUGGAGUCAGAUGUCUGGCAUGGAGCGGAGCAGGGUGAUGCUGGAGGCCGCCAGAAUUAUUCGGGAGCAGAGAGAAGAAAUUGCCACCUUGGAAACUGUCAACAAUGGGAAAUCCAUCUUUGAAGCCAGAGUGGACAUCGACAUAUCCUGGCAGUGCCUGGAGUAUUACGCGGGACUGGCGGGAUCUCUAGCUGGUGAACACAUCCAGCUUCCUGGGGGAUCCUUUGGGUACACUCGGAGAGAGCCCCUCGGGGUGUGUGUUGGGAUUGGAGCCUGGAAUUACCCUUUCCAGAUUGCCUGCUGGAAGUCUGCCCCGGCCUUGGCUUGUGGCAAUGCGAUGGUCUUCAAGCCCUCUCCCUUCACGCCCGUUUCAGUGGUGAGGUUGGCAGAGAUCUUCACAGAGGCUGGGGUGCCCAAAGGGCUCUUCAACGUUGUGCAGGGUGGAGCGGCCACAGGCCAGUUCCUCUGUCAUCACCCAGAUGUGGCCAAAAUCUCUUUCACUGGCAGUGUGCCAACUGGCAUCAAGAUCAUGGAGAUGGCAUCUAAAGGGAUCAAACCAGUCACCCUGGAGCUGGGGGGCAAAUCCCCCCUUAUCAUCUUUUCAGACUGUGCUUUGGAGAACGCCGUGAACGGAGCCCUCAUGGCCAACUUCCUCACACAGGGCGAGGUAUGCUGCAACGGCACACGGGUGUUUGUGGAGAGGAAGAUACUGGAUGUUUUCACAAAGGAGGUGGUGAAUCGCACCCAGAAGAUUAAAGUUGGAGACCCGCUUCUGGAAGACACACGGAUGGGAGCUCUCAUCAACCGGCCCCACCUGGAUCGUGUCCAGGGCUUUAUCAAGCAGGCAAAGGAGCAGGGGGCACAGGUGCUGUGUGGUGGGGACCUGUAUGUGCCAGAUGACCCAAAGCUGAAGAAUGGCUACUACAUGCGACCCUGUGUGUUAGGGAACUGCACGGAUGACAUGACAUGUGUGAAGGAGGAGAUCUUUGGGCCUGUCAUGUCCAUUCUGCCAUUUGACACGGAGGAGGAGGUUGUGGAGAGAGCAAACAACACUAAAUUUGGCCUGGCAGGUGGUGUCUUCACCAGGGAUAUCCAGAAGGCUCACAGGGUAGUGGCUGCUCUCAAGGCUGGGAUGUGCUUCAUUAACAACUACAACAUCAGCCCUGUGGAGCUGCCUUUCGGAGGAUACAAGGCAUCAGGAUUUGGCAGAGAGAACGGGCGGGCAGCCAUCGAGUACUACUCGCAGCUGAAGACUGUCUGCGUGGAGAUGGGUGAUGUGGAAUCUGUGUUUUAGUGGCUCUGGGGUCUGCUCAAGGGAGCAUCAGCCAGUUCUCACCUGUCAGCCAGAGAUGUGGAUCAUUUACACAGCAAUAAAGUGCUCUAAAAUUGUAAGUGCCUGGGGGGAGUGUAGUUGAAGCAGCACUUAGUCACCCUGCUCCUGCAAGAGGGAAUGUCCCCGCAGGGCUCAGCCUGUGGGCCUGCUCU